AGGAGUCCGAGAGAGAGAGAGAGAGAGAGAGAGAGAGAGAGAGAGUCUGGAGAGUAUUUCAGAAGCUCAGUGCUUCCCUGAUUUUGAGGUAGGGAGAGACUGAGAGGGGUGGAGUGCAAGUUUCACACACAGAGACACACCGCUUGUCAAUAACCAACGACUCUUUUCUUCUCUCUUUCCUUUACUUUACUUGCAAUUGGCGCCUCUCUUUAAGAUUACCAUCCAUCCUUUCAUCUGUCUCGGGUUUUCCAGAGCUGAAAGUGAACAACAAACCAGAAAAAGAGGACUUUUUGGUGCCCGGUUUGGGAUUUUGAGAUCAUGCUGAGGAAGAGAACCAGGUCAACUCAGAAGGUUCAAGAUCAACACCAAAUGGGGCAUCUGCCAAUUUCUAAUGCUGGGUCUGAGUCACAUUUCCGGGGUGAUGUUCUUGGAUCGAAUCCGAAAAGCAACGCUUUUUUCACUGUCCCUGGUCUGUUUGUGGGGUUGGGUCCUAUAGGUUUUACAGAUUCUGAUUCAGUUAGGAGCCCAACUUCGACUCUAGAUUUCAGGGUGUUUUCCAAUCUAGGCAGCCCCUUUAGAUCCCCAAGAUCACCUCUUGAUGGGCAUAAGAGGAGCUGGGCUAGCAGUAAAGUAGGCUUAAGCAUUAUCGACUCCCUUGAUGAUGAUGUGAAGUGUUCUGGGAAAGUUCCCAGAUCAUCAGAGAGUAAGAACAUUCUUUUUGGACCUGGGAUGAGGAUUAAAACCCGGGAUUCUCAAUCCAUUACAAAUUCUAUUGGGUCACCUAAAUCUUUGCCCAAUAACUAUACAAUUUUCCCUCAUUCCAAAGACAAGACUCCACUGGAGAGUAGCUCUGAUGUUGUUUUUGAAAUUGGAGAAACCCCAUCAGAGCCUGAGUCAUUUGGACAGAUAAGGUCUUGCUCAUUUGAUUCUGCUAGGACUUUUUCAACCCUAUCAGGUUUAAGCAAGCUUAACCCCAAUUCCACUAUUGGAAAUUUUUGCUUGGAGAAUUUAACCAACCCUCAAUUUAUUGAAGGAAGCCCCAACUCGACCACCCUAAUGAAUGUUGGAUCCACUUGUUCUGGCAAUGGGUUUGUUGGGUCUCUCUCAGCUAGUGAGGUUGAGCUUUCUGAGGAUUAUACUUGUGUGAUUUCUCAUGGUGCCAAUCCCAAAACAACUCAUAUCUUUGGUGACUGCAUUUUGGGAUGCAACUCUGCAGAUUUGAGCAGUUUUUCUAAGCAUGAGAAGAUGGAAAUUGGAUCACCUCAGCUGGCCACAAGCUUGGGGAGUUUUGUUCAAUACUCAAACAAUUUUCUGAGCUUCUGCCACUACUGUAACAAGGAACUAGAAGAGGGGAAAGACAUUUACAUAUACAGGGGCGAGAAAGCAUUCUGCAGUUUGAGUUGCCGCUCUGUGGAGAUUUUGAAUGAUGAGGAAUUGGAAAUGUGCAAUGGUGAUUCUGCUGAAAACCCUCUUGAGUCAGAUGAUGGCAAGGAACUUUUUUUUGAAACUGGCCUCAUUGCUGAUAAUUAAGAGCUUUCUCCAUCACCACUACCACACCAUGUUUGAUGAGACCUGUUAUAGAAGGCAGACACCCCUGAUCAUCUGUUUACGAAGAGCUGUUUGUGUGCAUCACGUGGCAGCCAUGGAUGAUCGUUUUGUACAUGUUUGCGUUUGUUAACUAUGUUUCAGCUUUCAUGGUCCUGGUCGAUGAUAGGUUACUAGUUUUGCUUUACAUAAACUAGACAUUGAUGUAUGCCAUCAGAGUACUAUAUAUUACUGCCUUUAAUUCAUGUGGAAGGGUGAAAGCCUACUUUCUUGGCUUCCCCCCAUUUUUACUACUUCAACCUUGGUCUUCUGUGACAAGAGUUGUGUAAUCAUGAACUGGUUUUUGACUGAAUAUAUAAAGUACUAUUGCUAAUA